GCUGCUGGCAGGGGACCGCCGCGGGGCGAGACCCUCUCAGGGCCGCGGCUCUAGAAGCGGCGGGCGCGUUUUUAACUUUCCUUGUUUGCUCCACCUCCGCUGGUGCUGCAGACCAGGGACCCGCCGAAAGCAGAGGGUGUUUCCCGCCUUCCCGUCAGCGGGGUUGUCAGAUACGGUUCGGCCAGUUAGAGAGAUUGGGUUCAACAGCCCUCCCGAGAUCAGAGCUCCGGAGACUGGCUUCUUCCCCCAGCUGUGAAAGCUGCAGCUCAGGCUUCUGUCUGGUGCCAUGUCUCUGCCACACGGGACUGGCGCCCUAGAAGAUGCUUCAGAAAGGAGGAGGAAAACAUUGGCCAACAGAUACUCCUGGUUUGAACAACAAGGAUUAAGUGAGUCUGAAAAUAUGUGGAUGCUGAUACUGAAGGCUGUCAAUCCAGAUCUAAAACCCACAAGCUGGGAAACAGUGCCCAGUUUACCAGAAUUUUUUGGACAGAAUUCUGAAAAUGAGAAGAACCCUCCAAAACCAGAAGUCUUUAAGGUUGGAAUGAAAGAUUUUCAAUGGAUACCUCUCCCAUCUUUCUACAAAGAAAAAGCUCUUAAUAGAAAGAAUCCAAGCUGCUGUCACAUAUCAAAAAGUCAAACUGAGCAUCUAAUGGAAAGAGAGGACCAGACAGACCAAAACCAGCUAAAUAUUGCUCCUGUAGUUGAGAAAAUAUCCCUUGCCGUUAAUGAUGAUCCAGGUGAGAUCAUAAGAAUGAAACACAGCAGGAAAAGUUCUUCAGAACUGAAAGAAAAAGAAAGGACUGAAAGGUAUGAACGUAAUCAGUGUACAGAUUCAACACUGCAUUCUGUACCAGCAUCUACCCAAAGUCUUGCAAAAGAUUUUUGCCUUCAACAGCUCUGUAAAGGGACUGGGCUGGGUGAAGAGAAAAGCAGAAAAGAAAAUGAAAGCAAAGGACAACAGUCAGAUGCACAAAUGCACCAACAUAAUGUUUUAUUAGGUGAGACCAGAUCUACAUCUGCAGAAAUAAAAUCUCCUGUUGACAUCCCCAAAAUGGAAGGUCUUGAGGAAAAGGCUGAGGAUCAGAGAGCAGGAACUUUAACUCUUGACAGUUGUCCGAUGUGUCUAAUCCAGUUUACUGGAACAUUGUCACAGUUGGACAUUGACAGCCAUCUUGCUAAAUGUUUGUCUGAAAGUGCAGAUGAUGUGAUUUGGUAAAAGAACAAGAAUGAAGAGCCAAGAAGUCAGAUGCUAAGAUAUGAAUCUCUACAAGAAAAAAAGGAAAGUAUAUCAAGAAAAUGUGUCCCGACAGAAUGUGUGUAUUAAACUUGUAUAAUUGAAAAACAGAAACAAAGAAGGGUCAGAAAUACCAUCAGCCUCUACUCAUUUCCUCUGAACCGCUCGGUGUAGCCAUUGUAUCUCUGAUCCGGCAAAGAGAACUGGGUGGGCAUACUUCUGGAUGCUGUGGAGCCCCACCGAAUGCAUAUCAAGAAAGUACUAUUAUGGCUUCUUGAAGUACAGGGUCUGUUCUCUUUUGCCACGUAUUUAAUUUGUUAUGCUUUUGAAAGGUAUAGCAGGAAGAGGUUGAUGCAAGCAAUUUCCUUGUAGACUGUUAAUUUGCCUAAUCCAAAUGUCAUUCAAUCCAGUAACUUCAACAGGCUUUGUAUCAGGUUCUAAAUGGUUAACUCUUUGGAAAGUAAAUUGCCUGAUACUUUAAAAAAGUGUUGUAGUACCUAAUGUCUGUUUAGGCUUUUAAAUUUCAGUUCAUGCUUUAUUUGAAAAAAGUUUAAAUAAAAAUCUAGUUGGAAUUUUG